AUGGAUCUAUUAUGCGAGCCAAAAUCCCCAGCAACCCCUCCCCGAAAGACGCCAUAUGUCUGUGAUGAACUUUGGGAUGGAGGUCCGUUUAAAACCUAUCCAAUUCGCAAAGGCAAGGUUGGUCUGGUUCCUCCACAUCUCCGGCAUUUUCUAGGAGCGGGUGCAUUUCUUGAGCCGUACCAUGAACUGCUGUAUCCCACGUCCAAAGAAGAGAUACAGCCGUUCCUGCAGACCUGGCUGUGGUUCGGCCUACUGGCUGAAAUGCUGGGCCUGAAUGAGAUCAGCCCUGGUGUUCACCUUGUUGAAAAUACCGUCGCUGCUGAAGGGAUUCGCAAUUUAUAUGCAAACACAGUCUAUCUUAGCGACGAGGAUGGCAAACGAUAUAUCAGUGCCAAAGAGGUGCUGAAUUCAACCCAGGUUAUCGCAGAAAGACAGAAGCUUGCGCCCGAUAAGCGGGAGAGGCUCAUAUACAUACGCGAUUGCCUUCGUUACGCCAAUUUAAUGAUUCCUUCUGCCUUGAAUUUAGACGAAACCGUGCGCUACUCGAUAUGCGCCCUUGGAGAAUAUUUCUCCACGGGCUUAUCCAGCGUAGUAGCGCAAUCAACUACCAAAAUCGACGUGCCUAACUUAGCGUUCAGCUGGCAUCAGGGUUACAUGCAAUUGGGGGGCACCAUAGACAAACAAAUGCUUCAGCGGGGAUGGUGCCCUAGCGAGACUGAGAAGAUUCGAUCUCAGUUUCAAGGAUUGCAUACCAUGCACCAUAUUUCACAGUUACAGAGGCCAAAUGCCAACCAAGACCAUUCAAACUGUACACGCCAUCUGUGCACAGCCUUUCAGAUGGACAUUGAGACCUAUCAGCCCUCACACCUGUCAGAUGACUGCGGUUGUCCUCUCCUAACUAUUGAUGAGAGAGUAACCUCUCUGAUUCUUCGCAGCACUGAUACUUAUCCAAUCCUCCGGUUUGAUCAAAUAGGGGAUGAAUCGGACAACUUCGAACUAGUGGUUGAACCAUAUGAACCGGGUGUCCCCUAUGUCGCACUCUCUCAUGUUUGGGCCAAUGGACUAGGGAAUCCAAGGGCAAAUUCUCUCCCAAGGUGCCAAGUAAAGCGGGUGGCUCAAUUAAUAGCAUCUCUGCAAGGCCAAGUAGACGCGGAACAAACAGAACAUAGGAUUCAAUACCGAAUCUGGAUUGACACUUUCUGUUGUCCUAUUGAGCUUGAAAGUAAAUUAAUCGCACUUGAAAGGAUCGCUGGUGUGUAUAGAAAUGCGGCCCAUGUCCUUGUGCUGGAUGCUACUUUGACUGGAUUAAAUUCUCAAGACACACAUCCUGCUGAGUUAUUAUUGCGGAUAUAUGGUGCGUCCCCUUGGAUGAGACGGUUAUGGACCCUUCAAGAGGGCGCACUCACAAGGAGUCUAUUCGUACAAUUGGAGAAUAAUGCAGUUAGAGGCUUUGAUUUGCUUGUUAGCCUCUUUGACGCUGGCAAUGACGAUCCGCGAUACAUGCGAAUAUGGCAGGAUGUAAUACAUGCAUAUAAUGAACUUCAAGGCUUUGGUCUUCAAUAUGGAGGACUGGAGCCGACUACACCGCAACUCCUCACCCUUCAGCGAGCAUUGCAGUUCCGAACAGUAUCAGUCGCAUCUGAUGAACCACUCUGUAUCUCUACUCUGAUGUCCCUUGAUACGAAAUACAUUGCUUCUACUUCCGAUACCGAAAGUCGAAUGAUUCGCACUUGGGAACUCCUGAACAAAUUGCAUAGCGGUCUUCCACCACGACUCAUAUUUUAUGCGGAUGAAGUGCUAAGCACACCUGGAUGGCGAUGGGCUCCUCGUAGUCUACUGGGAUCGUCUGUCAAAGAUCCAACUAUGGGGUUUGACGAGCGCAUGCUACGUCUUGUUAGUGCCCCCAACGUCCAAGGCAUUCCGACACCUCUAGGCUUGAAAGUCACCUUCCCAGGAUGCCGUCUUAUUCCUCUUCCACUAGCAGCUAGCCUGUCAUUACAUCCAUGGCCUGGAGCAAUCAAUGCUUCAGAAGAUCAAAUCAUCAUUCGUCAAGAGGAAAGCGGGAAGUGGUACCGAAUACUUGAUUGGUAUCGCAGCAAAAAACUCUCAUCUUGGACAAAUGAUGAGAAGACAGCGUUUGACAGAGAACAAAACGACCCUCUCUGUAGAGAAAUAGACUCUGGAAAAUGUGUUUUAAUCUACGAUGAAAAAUCAAGAGCUAACGAUAUGAUAGUAGCGUGUAUGGCGCUUGUAGAAAAAAUUCCCGAAGACUUCGAACACAACUCAAUCACUUCAAGAGAGCUCAACGCUGGCUUAAGAGUCCAUAGAACAAGGACAGUGAUCAUGUCUAUUCUCAGCAAUGAAGAAGUACGAAUGAUGACGGUCUUUAGGGAUUUAGCUUCUACCAUAGCAGCAUAUCAGGAGACAUACCAACUAUCGGCGAUCAAAGAUCGUGAUAGCGAAGAAUGGAAGAGCUGCAUGAGCAAUAUCAAAGCUAAGAUGAGAGAAGUGGUAGCGGAAGCAUUGAAUUCCAGCCCAGAGCUGGUUCAGAUCAUCAAAAAUACCAUUGGCGCUGGUAUGGAGGAAUACAUGUGGGCAUUUAUUCCCAAAAUCUUUUCUCACACAAUCACCAUGCAAGAAACAUCGAGCGAACAGAUUUGGUUUGUUGAUUAG